AUGGUAUCGUUUGUGCAACUAUUCAAUCAUGGACUCCUACUAGUUGAUCCACAAUCACUAUAUAAACAGGUAGCUACACCUCAACAGGUAGCCAAGGAACAGUAUAAUAUAGUUAAAUAUUUAGGAGGAUCAGCUCCCUACAUACAACGGCCAGGAUUUGGACUAUCAACGGAAUUACCUAAUCAGUGCGAAUUAGAGCAAGUUCAUCUUUUGUCGCGACACGGAGAAAGAUAUCCCUCGAAGGGAGAUGGAGUUCAAUUCGAAUCCAUACUAGCCAAGUUCCAAAAGUAUGGAAAGCCAUUUAAAGGUGAUUUACAAUUUCUAAAUGAUUAUGAAUAUUUCGUAACUGAUUCCGACAACUAUGAAAAGGAAACAUCUCCUUUAAAUUCUCAUAGUCCCUAUGAUGGUAUCAGUGAUGAGUAUAGACAUGGAUCAUUAUUCAGAAACAAGUAUGAUUCUUUAUAUAAUCCAGAAAAGAUAUUACCAAUAUUUACUACCAAUUCAAAACGUUGCUAUGAUACAUCAGAAUCAUUUGCAAGAGGAUUUUUAGGUGAAGAAUUCAAUGACAAUAAAUUAGAAUUUGUUAUCAUAAGUGAAGACAAAUCAAUGGGCAUUAAUUCACUUACUCCAAGGUAUGCAUGUUCCAAUUUUAAUGGUGAAGUAAAUCGUGAAAAACUUAACCAAUAUGAUAGAUCUUUCCUUAAUGAUAUACUAGCAAGAUUUCAACAUGAUAAUCCUGGUUUAGAUCUUACACCAGGUGAAGUUAAUUCCUUAUUUCUAUGGUGUGCAUUUGAAAUAAAUGUCAAAGGACAUUCUCCAUUCUGUGAUUUAUUCACCAAUGAAGAGUUCAUUAAAAGUUCAUACUCAACUGAUCUAGGUAAUUAUUAUACUACUGGUCCAGGGAAUCCUAAAUCCAAAACAAUAGGUUCUGAGAUGGUGAGUGCUACGCUAAAACUAUUACAAGAUACUCAACCUGAUAAUAAGAUUUGGCUUUCAUUCACUCAUGAUACUGAUAUGGAAAUGUAUCUAAGUUGUCUUGGAAUCAUUGAUCCUAUCAAAGAAUUACCUGUUGAUAGGAUUCCAUUCCCAAAUCCGUAUAGUGCAGCAGAGAUGUUACCUCAAGGUGCUAGGAUAUAUAUUGAAAAAUUUAAAUGUAAUAAAAGUGCUAAACAAGCAUCUUAUGUGCGAUACAUUAUUAACGAUUCAGUUGUUCCCAUUAGAAAUUGCUUAAAUGGUCCAGGAUUCUCAUGUGAGUUUUCUGAAUAUGAAGAUUAUAUAAAUAACAGAUUACAGGAUUUAAGUUUUAAGUAUCAGUGUCAAUUAAAGACUGGAUUUCCUGAUAAGUUAACGUUCUAUUGGGAUUAUAAAACAACUAAAUACGAUUCCCCUUUGAUAGAUCAAUAA